GGCUGACUGUUCUCCACCCUUAGGCGAGUAGUAAAACGAAAAUGAACGUCGAGUUUGUGGUGGCGUGAUCGCCCGGACGUUCAGUCGCAGGAACACGUGGUAGAAGCCGGUGCGUGGCGCGGAAAGUGUCCUUACCAGUCGCAAUUUUUCGGCCGCAUGUCAUUCGCCAGCGCAUAGAAGAUCACGUCGAUGGAUCGCGUACCGAGGCAGUUCCUGGUGUUGACAUUCUUGUUGGGUGUCUGCGCGGCCGACCAGACCCAUCUGAGACACAAUCGCUACAGGAAUGUCACCUACGGACUUCACAGGAGAGAUGCUGAACACGGACCCUGGGGCGAAUGGAGCGAAAGUAGCCCCUGUUCUCGCACCUGCGGCGGGGGAAUUGCAUUUCAGACCAGAAGAUGCACGGAUCCCAGGCCCGAAUCCUGCCUGGGACCUUGGAAGAUGUACUUCUCGUGCAACAUUCAGGAUUGUCCGGAAGGGUCCAAAGACUUCAGAGAAGAGCAAUGUUCCAACUUCGACCGGAUCCCUUUCGAAGGAAAGCGCUACCGAUGGGUCCCCUAUCACAAAGCACCCAAUUCUUGCGAGCUGAACUGCAUGCCCAAGGGGGAGAGGUUUUAUUAUCGCCAUUCCAGGAAGGUGAUAGACGGAACUAGAUGUCGAGACGACGGUUCUCUGGACGUUUGCGUGGACGGAACGUGCAUGCCGGUGGGUUGCGACAUGAUGCUGGGAUCGGAAUCCAAAGAGGACAAAUGUCGAGAGUGCGGAGGCGACGGACUCAGUUGCAAGACGGUGGAAGGACUCUUCGAUCUGGAUAAUCUGCAAGUCGGUUACAACGACAUCUUGCUGAUUCCCGCCGGAGCCACCAACAUCUUCGUCAAAGAGAGACACGCCACCAACAACUAUUUGGCCAUUAGGAAUCUGACCGGACACUUUUACCUGAACGGAAACUGGAGGAUCGAGUUUCCUCGCAGCCUGAAGUUCGCCGGAACCACCUUCCACUACGAACGCAAACCUCACGGACAGUUGGCACCCGAAACGUUAAGGGCCCUGGGACCCAUCACCGAAUCCGUUUUCAUCGUGUUGCUGUACCAAGAGAAGAACCAAGGCAUCAGCUACGAGUACUCCAUUCCCAACGGCGUCAGCAACGCCCAGCCCGAUACCUAUUCGUGGAUCUACGGAGAUUUCGGCCAGUGUUCCAAGACGUGCGGAGGAGGUCAUCGGGUGCGUCCGGUCAACUGCGCCAGGACCAGUAACUUCGAGGUGGUGGCCGAUUACUUAUGCGAUCCGUCGCUGAAACCUCCCAUCAACGGCAGCUGCAACGUUCAACCCUGCCCCGCCAGGUGGCACGUGGGAGAAUGGGACGCUUGCUCGCACACUUGCGGAGGAGGAAUGCAGUAUCGAUUAGUACACUGUCAGAGGAUGGUCAACGGGGGUUCCGUCACCUUGGUGCCGGAAGAAGAGUGUCCCACGCCCAAGCCGGCCUACGUCCGGAAAUGCAACCGGGAAGUUCCCUGUCCCCGAUGGCACGCGGGACCUUGGAGUACGUGCAACAAAAUGUGCGGCGAAGGCAAUCAGACUAGACUGGUGGUCUGUCAGAGAGAACACGCGGGACGCAUUCCGGAAGUUCUGCCCGAUUCCAACUGCAAAUCGGAGAUCAAACCAGAAGCCACCCGAGACUGCGACGCCGGACCUUGCGAAGGAGUCGAAUGGAUCGUGUCCGAUUGGACGGGAUGUGACGGAACCUGUGGACUGGGGAUGGAAUCCAGAGAGGUGCACUGUUCCACGGAAGACGGUCAUCUCUAUCCCUUGGACAAAUGCGAAACGAAACGUCUGCCCACCCUGACCAGACCCUGUAGCGAAAAUCUUCCCUGCCACCCCAUUUGGCACUCUUCCGAAUGGUCCGAGUGUUCUGCCAAGUGCGGGACCGGUAUACAGACGAGAUUGGUAUUCUGCGGCAUAUGGGAAGGUCAACACGUCAAGAAAGUUAACGAAAACAAGUGCAAAGCUAACAGACGACCCGAAUCCAUGCAGAAUUGUACGGUGGCACCCUGCAAAGGAAUGUGGUUUUCUAGUCCUUGGAACAGGUGUUCGGCUCCCUGCGGAGGAGGUCACAGGGUGAGGAAGGUGAUGUGUCUCCACAAGGAAGAGAUGGUUUCCAACAACAGGUGUGAUCCCAGCACCAGGCCGUUUCACAAGGAGCCUUGCAAUCUUCAUCCUUGCGAUGAAGAUGAAAUAAUGAUGGUGGGGGGCUGCAAGAAUUCCAAAUACGGCUGCUGUCCGGAUGGAGUGACGCCGGCGGGAAUUAAUUUCGAAGGUUGUCCGCCGGUGGAGGACGUGCCACCCGAAGGAUGUGAGGGAACGGAAUUCGGAUGCUGCGCCGACGGAGUGACUCCGGCUCUGGGUCUUUUCAAGAAAGGAUGUCCUAAAACGGACACGUGCAACGACACCAAGUACGGCUGCUGCCCAGAUGCCAUCACGCCGGCCAAGGGCCCGGAAGGAGAAGGAUGUCCGGAUUCGUGCCAGACCACUGCCUGGGGCUGCUGUCCCGACGGUCUGACCCCCGCUGCUGGAGAAGACCAAAUGGGCUGCGAUCCUGUUUCUGCCAAACCCUGUCACCACACCCCCUUCGGCUGUUGUCCUGACGGAAUUGCGGCGGCCGAGGGGCCCGAUAAUCUGGGCUGCGAGGACCUGGCCUCUUCCGGAGAAGAGUGUGUCGACUCCCGCUACGGCUGCUGCCCAGAUGGCCUGACUCCGGCCGACGGGCCCCACGGACGAGGUUGCCCGGAAGAUGGUGCGGUGGUACGACUACCUACUCCCACCGCCUCCACUCUGUGCCACCGGAGCCGGUUCGGCUGUUGCCCAGAUGGAACCGCAGCUCGGGGACCUGAGGGACAGGGGUGCACGGAUGUGGAAGGCAGCGGCGAACCCCCGGCAGACUGUGGAGACACGGUCUACGGCUGUUGUCCUGACGGAAUCACCACGGCCUCUGGUCCACAGGCCGAAGGAUGCGAAGAGAUCGAGGUGCGUGUGCACUGUGGACACACCGCCCAUGGAUGCUGUCCCGAUGGAAUAACCGCUGCUUCCGGUCCCGGAGGAGAAAAUUGCCCCACCUCCACACCCGCUUCGACAGAGAGUAGCGAAGAGGAGACAGUAGAACUGCCAGAUUCUCGAGAGACCACCACCUCCUCUUCUUCCACUUCUUCCUCUUCUUCCGCUUCUUCCUCUUCUGAGGAAGACAUCUCGAAGAAGGAGGAAUCCGCCUGCUCCCACACUCAUUACGGCUGUUGUGCAGAUGGAAUCAGCACCGCUCUAGGCCCCAAUGGGGAAGGAUGCUGCCAUUCUUCUCUCUAUGGUUGCUGUCCCGAUAACUCGACCGCUGCCCGAGGUCCGGAUUUCGGGGGCUGCGACUGCCACACCUAUCCGCAUGGCUGUUGUCCCGACGGAGUUACACCUGCCAGUGGCCAAGGGUAUUAUGGCUGCUCCUGCCACACCUUUCCUCACGGCUGCUGUCCUGAUGGUAGAACUGCUGCCACUGGGCCCGAUGGCCAAGGAUGUUCCUGCAAAGAGCUGACUCAUGGUUGCUGUCCAGAUGGAAGAACUGCCGCCUCCGGUCCAGGAUACCAGGGAUGCGGCUGUCUGUCCUCCAAGUUUGGAUGCUGUCCGGAUGGGACCACUCCUGCUGGAGGACGUCACUUUGAAGGCUGUCCCUGUGUCACCACUCCCUACGGAUGCUGUCCUGACGGCGUUACGGCGGCGCGGGGCUCCGAUUUUGAAGGUUGUCCUGAGACGCCAUCGCCCCCAGUCACCAGAACUGCUGGAGAUGCCUGUGGCCUGCCCAAGGAGCGUGGACCCUGCCACGAUUAUGCCGUCAAGUGGUUCUUCGACAUGAAUUACGGAGGAUGCAGCAGAUUUUGGUAUGGAGGUUGCGACGGGAAUGCCAACCGAUUCGACACACAAGAAGAAUGCCAACGGAUCUGCGUCUCCCCGGAAGGAACUGAUGCCUGCUUCCUUCCCCGAGUGGCGGGACCCUGCGAAGGCUCCUAUCCCUCCUACUACUUUGACAAGUCAUCUGGAAAAUGCCGUUCUUUCGUCUACGGAGGGUGUCUGGGAAAUAACAACAGGUUCGAAACUGAAAAACUCUGCCGACAGACUUGUGUGGAACGAGAGACCCUAGAUGAGUGCGAACGGCCUCUUGUGGUCGGACCCUGCAGAGGAGAGUUUCCCAGGUGGUACUACGACAAGUAUGAAGGACGAUGCAAACAGUUCUUGUAUGGAGGUUGCAAGGGAAAUGGAAAUAACUUUGAAAGCGAGAGACUGUGCGUCGAGCGAUGCGCGGCUCCCAGCGAAAGAGAAAUUUGCAUCCUGCCGAAAGUGGAGGGUCCAUGCUUAGGGAACUUUCCUCGAUGGUAUUACGACUACAUGGAUGGGCACUGCAAGGAAUUCAUCUACAGCGGUUGCCGGGGGAACAGAAACAGAUUUGUCACCAAGGGACAGUGCGAGAAGAUCUGCAACGCCACUCGCGUGGCUGUGUCUUCUGACAUCUGCACCUUGCCCAAGGCGGAAGGUCCGUGUCGAGCCGCCAUACUGCACUGGUUCUAUGACUCAGCUGCGGGUAGAUGCCAACAGUUCUACUACGGAGGAUGUGAAGGAAAUGCCAACCGCUUUGAAAACCGCGGCGACUGUGAGAGGGCCUGCCUGUCCGACCGAGAGAGAAACAUCUGUCACCUGCCCCGAGAGAGCGGCAACUGUUUUGACUUUGCAGAACGCUGGUACCAUGAUGCUGACGCAGGUCAGUGCCGAAGGUUCUACUACAGCGGGUGCGGGGGCAACGAAAACAACUUCGUCUCUUACCACGAGUGCGAAAGAAAGUGUGGCAAACCCACUUCUACCGAGUUUCCUGAAGACGUCUUCAGCAAAGAAUAUUGCUUCCUGGAACAAGAGGCGGGACCUUGUUCAAAGAAAGAAAUCCGCUGGUUCUAUGAUAAAACCGAUGGCGUGUGCAAGGAAUUCUACUAUGGAGGCUGCAACGGAAAUGGAAAUCGCUUUAGAUCUAGGAAAGAGUGCGUGAAGAAGUGUGGAGAUUCUCAAGAUAUUUGCACUUUGCCCAAGGUGCAGGGUCCUUGCAGUGGCUCUUUUCCCCAGUGGUACUACGACCAGACUGCCGAUCGCUGCUGGGAGUUCUCAUUCUCUGGAUGCCAAGGCAAUGCCAACAGAUUCGAUGACAGAGAGAGCUGCGAGCUCCGCUGCAGGAAGAACGUUCCCACCCAAAUUCCGGUAGCGGACGACGCCUGCGAGCAGAAGGAAGAUCCCGGUCCCUGUCUGGGUUAUUAUCUCCGCUGGACCUAUGACAAGAACGAAAAUCUGUGCAAAAACUUCGUCUACGGGGGAUGCGAAGGCAACGAGAACCGCUUCGAAAGUCGAAAAGACUGCGAGAAGAGGUGCGUGAAGAAACACGGCGGAAGCAAACCUGAAACAUCGGUUUAUAGAGAACCCCAAUCGCCGGCCAGUAAUCACAUUAACGGAAAUGGAGAUGUGUGUCAGCUGCCCGUGGAAACGGGACCUUGCAGCGAAGUGCACAGUCGUUGGUUCUACGAUUCCGAGAGUCAAAAUUGCUUGCCUUUCUCCUACGGAGGCUGCAAGGGCAACAAAAAUAGAUUCAAGACUUACGAACUCUGCAUGCGCUUUUGUAGCGGCGUACGAUCCGCUCCCAGAGACGAAGCCGCCACGCAGACUCGUCCGGGAAUUCCGGUGGAGGUGGUGGAUGCCCUGACCUGUCCUCCGUCCGCCGGGUGCGAAGAGCUGCAGUGUCCCUACGGCGUGGACAGGAUAGACGACGACCGCGGAUGCCGGAUCUGCAGAUGCACCAAUCCCUGCAGGGAUCACCGCUGCCCGCCGGACACCCAGUGCGUGGUGGAAGUGGACGGUGCCCGAGACCCUCCAGCUCCCGAGGCCACCUGUCGUCCCACCAGCAAGCCGGGUCGGUGUCCCGGGCCGGAGGAAGUGGGUCGCGGUUCCGAGUGCGUGGACAGAUGCCACAACGAUGCCUACUGUCGGGGAGACCAGAAGUGCUGCAGCGACGGAUGCGCCCUCCGGUGCGUCGAUCCGCUCUUUUCCUCCACCUCGGUGGUCACGGAAGCGGCCACCACGGCGGCCUCAACCCCGCCCCCCGCAGUGGCGCCCCGCGUGCAGACGGAGGAGGAGGAGAAGACGGCCGAGCCGGGAUCGGAGGUGGUACUGGAGUGUGCGGCUAGCGGCGUUCCGGCUCCCCGCGUUUCUUGGACGAAAGACGGACGCCCGGUGGACGGGGCCGACGGCGUGAUCCGGGUGAGGGCCGACGGUUCCCUGCAUCUGUCUUCGGUGGCGGCGGCCGACGCCGGCAACUACUCGUGUCUGGCGGAAAAUCCGGCGGGUCGGGCCGGCCGAUGGGUGGUCCUCAGGGUGGCCGAGCCUCUGACGGUGGAAGUUCGCAGCGACAGAAGAAACUAUCGGCCGGGCGCCACCGUGCGGUUGGACUGCGCGGUGAAGGGCAGCCACCGGAACGGGGUGCGCUGGUAUUUCGGAAACAGCAGUGCGCCGGCGGAAAGCGACGAGAAAGUGCGAGUGUGGCCCAAUGGCACGCUGACGGUAGAGGAGGCGGAAAUUCGACACGGAGGAAGAUACGUGUGCCUGGUGGAGGGUGCCCGCGGCCCGGUCUCGGCUUCCUUGGAAAUACAAAUAUCCGACGUCGACGUCCCCGAAGAUUGCACGGACAAGCCGUAUUUCGCUAAUUGUGAUUUGAUAGUGAAAGCCAAUUACUGCGUUAAUCAAUACUAUGCAAAAUUCUGCUGUCGGUCUUGCACCGUGGCCGGUCAACUGUCACACUCUUCGCAGAAACAUUCGUAACCGAAAGACUGUAUGAAACAGAGGACUUUUAAGUGUUUUCAUUUGCUUCCCGUAUCGACAGAGUCGGAACAAUAGUGUUAUGAACGUGACGACGACAGAACUUACCGCUACAACUGACGCGCGACGGUGCUUCCGUGUGACGUAACUGCGCCAAAUUUAGACAAACGUUUCGCCACAUCCUAUUUCUCCAGAAAAAUAUGGGAGCAGAGUCUCGUUAGUGCCAAAAUAUAUCUCUGCCGUCAAUCUCACUUUGUAUACAAAACGUUUCCUUUUUUCUUGUAAAUCGUUAUUUUUAAGGAGACACGCGACUGUUAUACAGUUUUCGUAGUAGAGAAUCUCCGAAUCCACAGUGUAAAUGUGACAAAAAGGUGGAUGUCUUCCUCUGUACCUUUGCUCGAUCGUCUGUCUACUUCGUCUUGGAUCAGACCUCUGCGAGAAAUUCGCGAAAUCACUGCCAAGAUUCGUUCCUCGCUUCAUCUGGGUGUUUGUCUUUUUAUAUCUCGUUUUUACAGUUACUUUGUUCCCAUUACCGAGUCAAAUAAAUUAUUUUGUUUGGAAA